UAGUUGAAAAGGUUUCGUCUUUGAACGUCUGACCGACCUCUCUAUCUCUCUCUAUCUAUCUCUCUAUCUCUCUCCGUGCAAGCUCGAGAAGCCGCGCAUGGCGACAUCCAAAUCACGGCCGCAGCGAUCCACAUCUCGCCGCGACUCCGAUAGUCGACUCAUCGCCUCAGAGAAGAUAGAUGGUGCAAGCAGCUGGGAAUCCCUCGAAUGGACCAAAGUUGAGGCCGUAUCGAGGUCGGUACCCCAAGGUGUGCAGGAAUUUUUACUCGAGGAAGAAGUAGUCAUAGUUGAGGCAUAUGGUGUUGUCCUUGUUAAUAUUGAUGAAGCUGGUACCUUGUUAGUGACCAACUUCCGACUUCUUUUUCUGAGUGAGGGGACCAGAAAUGUUUUGUCACUUGGCACAAUACCAUUGGCCACUAUAGACAAGUUCAAUAAAAUUUCUUUGAAGCUUCCUUCAGCCCCUAAGCAAUCAGACAGGGUUCCUUCCAGACGGCUUCUGCAAGUCUUUGGAAAGGACAUGAGAAUCAUUGUUUUUGGAUUUCGUCCUAGAACUAAACAGAGGCGAGCUGUAUUUGAUGCAUUGACACGCUGUACGCGGCCAACUAGACUUUGGGAUCUCUAUGCUCUUACUUCCGGCCCUUUACGAUUCAAAAACACCAGUCCUAAGAUCCGGUUUCUGGAUGAGUAUUUCCGUCUUCUUGGAAUUAAUUCACAUGCCUUAUCUAACAGUGAUAUUGAGGAAGGGUCAUACACAUUUUCUAAUGAUUGGUGGAGAAUUAGUAGCGUAAAUUGCAACUACAUGAUGUGCCCAACUUAUCCCUUUGCAUUGCUUCUUCCAAAGUCCAUUAGUGAUGAAGAAGUGCUCCAGGCUUCAACCUUUCGUGCACGAUGUAGAUUACCUGUGAUUUCAUGGUGUCAUCCAGGUACUGGUGCUGUUUUGGCAAGGUCAUCACAACCACUGGUUGGACUCAUGAUGAAUAUGAGAAGUAAUAUGGAUGAAAAAUUGGUUGCUGCAUUUUGCACUCAACUUAUUGGUUCAAAGAAUUCACGUAGGAAACUAUAUAUAGCAGAUGCUAGACCUCGAAAAAAUGCAUUGGCUAAUGGGGCGAUGGGAGGAGGUUCAGAGUCUUCUGCCAAUUAUUUUCAGUCUGAGAUUCUUUUCUUUGGGAUAGACAAUAUACAUGCAAUGAGGGAUAGCCUUUGCAGGCUUAGAGACUACUUAGAUACUCAUGGAACCACUUCAUCAGAUGGAAUAUCUUCUUUCUUGAGACAUGGUGGUUCGACAUGGGGAGGAGGCAAUAGAAGCAGCAUGUCUGAGUCUGUUUCCACUCUUGGAGACAGUGGUUGGCUAAUACAUGUCCAGAACGUCUUAGCUGGAUCUGCUUGGAUUGCAGCACGGGUUGCUCUUGAAUCUGCUUCAGUCUUAGUUCAUUGCAGUGAUGGAUGGGAUAGGACCACUCAGUUGGUUUCACUUGCUAGUUUGUUGCUGGAUCCAUAUUAUCGAACCUUCAAAGGCUUUCAGGCACUAGUAGAAAAGGAUUGGCUAUCAUUUGGCCAUCCAUUUGCAGAUCGAGUAGGAUUGCCAACCAUAGCUGGGAGUGGUGAUGUUCCGUUUGAGUUGCCUAGGCAGUCUUCCAGCGGGAAUUUCCCAGCAUCUCCCAUGCGUCAAGCCUCUGGAUCCAAUCAAGCUCAAGGUUCUUUACAUUCUCAAAAUUCAAACAACCAGUCCCCAAUAUUUUUGCAGUGGGUUGAUUGUAUUUCACAGCUUCUGCGGAUGUAUCCUUUUGCUUUUGAGUUCUCUUCGGCUUUUCUAGUAGAUUUUCUGGAUUGUGCGCUUUCAUCUCGCUUUGGGAACUUCUUGUGCAACAGUGAAAGUGAAAGACACCGAUCUGCAAUCUAUGAGAUUACUGGAUGUUUGUGGAUAUAUCUAGCUGAUUUACGGGCCUCAGAAGGAACAUCGCAUGUGCACUAUAAUCUCUUCUAUGAACCAUCAAAACAUGACGGACCACUAUUACCACCUGCAGCAGCUUUAGCCCCAACUCUCUGGCCUCAAUUCCAUCUUCGAUGGGGUUGCCCUUCAGAAGCCCAAGCAGGAGAAGUUGAAGCCCAGUGUAGGGUUAUGUCAAAUAAGUUCUCUGAACUCCAAAAGGAAAAAGAAAUGGCAGAGAAGAAAACCAGAGAAAUUGCUUCUGCAAUGGAGUCCUUGAACUCAUCAUUACAAAAUGAGAAACAAGUGAGCAUCUCAUACAUGAACACAGCGAGGAAGGCAAUCAAAGAAACGACAGCCAUAAAGAGAGCACUACAAUCUCUCGGGUGCAAGGUUUAUUUCUCCGAUUCUGGUGAUUGCACUGUUGACGUCGAGUGCAACCAGAUACAUACAGUCUCUACUUCGGAAAGAGAUUCUGACGGGACUAUACACAUCAACAACAAGUCAGAUCCCUCGGUUCCCACAUCGGCUGAUAAUGAUGAUAUCGACUCCCUCAACCCGGUUAGUCGUGUUUGUGGGUCCCUUUGUCCAAUGCGAACUCGAGAUGGAGGGUGCAGAUGGCCUGAUGCCGGUUGUGCACAACUGGGCAGUCAGUUUAUCGGACUAAAAGCAAACUUUGAUGCAUUUGACAGGCUUUCUAUUUAUGAUGGCUAUUUUCGUUCUGAAUGAAAUCCUGAGCUUGCAAAAGAUAUACAGAUGAAAGGAGUUUUGUAGGUUGUGACUAUCAUCCCGGGAAGAAGAAGAAGAAGAAGUAAGCUUUAGGCUGCAAAACCACCUAGGAUGUACAGAUACAAUAAUAAUACAUAUUAUGACUAGAAGAAAUGAGUAAUAGCGAAAAAUAUUGGAAACUACCGGCGUCUUGUUUCUUUAUUUGACAUGAUUUUGAAUAAUUGAACAUAACAAGGGUUGCUGUUUGUGUUGUGGUAAUAUUACAUAUCUGAUGUUGUUCAUCUAAAAGUGGGCACAUUGCCUUUUAAUUCACAGUUACAGUUUAAA